UGUUGACGUUAGCCUUUACGUAUAUUAAUAAUGCAAGAGAGAAACUAGUUUUGAUAAAUAUGCUGCGUCUACUUAAUUAUAUUACAAAGUCAAGUUAAAAAUAAAGUGAAGAUUGUAUACAGUCUGUAAUAAGAAUUUUUGUCACGCAUCGCCAACGAUUUCCAGUAUAAGAAUUGUAAACACUGAUGAAGCAGAACGGUGCUGAUUUUUAAAAAAUGAUUCGUCAGUGUUCAAACUACAGUAUACUUCUUAUUUAAUCGUCAAUGCAAGUUUGAAGGCAACGACAUUUGUCAUGUAACAUUUUGCACGAGCAAAGUCAUAACCUCCUAGCAGUGUUUCAUCCGAGCUUUUUAUUUGUUUUAUGGUUCAAUGACUGUGACAGUUGCUUGGAAUUGAAUAUUUUACGGAAUGUCUAACAACAUGAACAAUAAUCCAUUUGCUGCUUUAUUUGCGCCUAUCAACGAAGCAGCAGCAUUAUCGUCUCAAAAAGAAGUAACUUUCAACAAACCACAUGAACAUACAAACAGUGAAAAAGAACCUUGUAAGAGGUCACAAACAGAAGAGUUACUAUCCAAUGCGGAAACUGCCGAAAAAGAUGAAUUACUGGAUGAAUUGAUUGCUGAUGUGUUUGGAAUUACGCUUUACCAUGAAAAAAAGAAAAAACCUACACGACAAUUAGUUUUUAUCAAUACCGAUUCUGUUGAGCAUGCAAUAUUUGAGAGACUACUACUGUCAGAGCCAGAAUCUUCUUUAAUAGCAAAAGAAAGUACCAAAGGUCAAGAUUUAGAUAGUCAUGUUGUUCAAACUGAAAUUAUACCUUACUUAUUUGAAAGCUACUGCCGUCUACAAAGAUAUAGGAUUAGUGAUGGUGCAUAUGAUACUGUAGAAAAUAUUAGAAAAAUUAUUAUGCGUGAUACGAGCACUGCCUUACAGGAACCUGAUGUUUUUGUUGGACAAGAGAUUCAUGCACAAUUUUUAACAUUAUUCAUCAAUGGAGGAAUUGUUGGUACUGAAUUAUCGUCUUUCAUGGGAGGCAUAGUUGAACACAUAUGUGCAGAAAAUAAGGGAUCUGAAUCAGAAACAAUCAAUUCUGCUUUUAGUCCUCUGUUAGAUAUUAUACACAAAGAAACAACUAAUGGCAAUCUUCUUGUUUGCAAACAAUAUUGGUUUGGUAUUUUACAAAUAUUUGCCUCUUUAGAACCUUUGGCAAAGCUCAUUAUUGCUCAUAGUACUGUUAGAAACAAUAUUGGGAAAGCUUAUGCAGAUACAUUAUUAGGAUCAUUAUUGAGUCUUAGUUCUCUUCCUAAGACACCUUCAGCACCAUUUGAUUUUUUUGAUAAGCCAUUUCAACAGCAAAAUUCAAUAGUCGAUGGAAUUAUAUGGUCUGGAUUGGAUAGUCUAAGUGAAUCAAUGCAUAAAGUUUUUCACACUUUACUCAAAGUUUCUCGAGAGGUGCGACACUUAACUUUAUCGUGGUUAGGAGAUUGUUUACACGCUAACGCAAAUCGUGGAAAAUUUUGGAAUUUCCAUAAUAAUAUGGAUUUAUCCAUAACAACAGUUUCUGAUGGAUUUAUGCUUAACUUAGGUAACGUUUUGUUACGACUUUGUCAACCGUUUUGUUCAAAACCGGAUGAUACAAAAAUCUUGAAAAUCGACCCCACAUAUUGUGCUGCUGAGGCUAAAGAUAAUGCUCAAGCUCGCGAAAAAGGCAUCCAUAUGAAAGGAAUGCAUACAGAAACAUGUUUGAUUCCAACGUCAGAAGGAGAAACUCGCCCAGUUGCUAUAUCAUUUAGUUUUGUCACAGAGUGCUUUUUUUUAACGCAUCGUGCUCUCGAUCUUGGAUAUCGUGUGAUUUUAGAAAAACUAUUUAAAAUAAGUCAAGAUUUAGCAAGAACUCAAAGAUUGUAUAAUGAAACUAGAGUAAAUGCUAAUUCUGAAGUCAAUGAAUUUAUAUCGCAGCGAUUACAGAGUGAGAUGACGAAGUAUUUAACUUAUAGAGCAAGUUUACUAAGUCCGGAAUCGUUAAGUCUACUAGCAAAAUUUCAUGCAGCUACUGCUUUUUGGUUAAUGCAAGUCAAUGUAGAUAUAAGACAACAUGAAUUAAAUCAAGAUAUUUACGCUCCUAAUGAAUAUAGAUCCAUUACAUUCCCUUUACCAAAAAAAGUUCCUGAAAUGCUAAGAUGUGUUCCUGAAUUUGUAGUUGAUAAUACUAUUAGCUUUUUAUGCUGUCUUCGACGUUGGAGUUCUAAUGUGUUUGAAGAACAAGGCCCAGGUUUUUUGAAUCCUAUUCUAACAGAGGUGGUUGCCCUGAUGGAUUCUCCUUGUCGACUUUACAAUCCGCAUUUACGAGCUCGUUUGGCAGAAGGACUUGAAGCUCUUUUACCAAACAAUGAUGAAAUACAUCAUCAAUCUACACCUACUCUUGGAACAUUCCACAGGCAACAACUUUUUAUCACGCAUCCACAUAAACAAAUGAUCGUGCCAAAUUUAUUACAUGUAUUUGUGAGUAUUGAAAUGACUGGUCAAAAUGUUGAAUUUGAACAAAAAUUCAACUACCGCAGACCAAUGUACAUAGUUAUGACCUACUUGUGGAAAAUAUCAGAGCAUAGACAUAUUUUUAAGCAAUUAGCUCAAGACGCAGAAGCAAACAUGGAAGCAGUACAACCACCCCUUUUUUUAAGAUUUAUUAAUCUAUUGAUGAAUGAUGCUGUGUUUUUACUUGAUGAUGCACUAUCAAACAUAGCACAACUUAGACAAAUGAUCAAUGCAAGGGAUAGUGGAGAAUGGAAUAAACUUUCUCAACAAGAAAGAGAACAGCAAACUUACUCUUUAGAGCACAUUGGCAUGAUAGCUAGAUUCGAUAAUAUAUUAGGCAGAGAAACAAUCCAAACUUUGAAAACAUUGACAUCUGAAAUUAAGUCGAUAUUCUGCCAUCCAACAAUGGUAGAUCGCAUAGCUUCGAUGUUAAAUUAUUUACUUUUACACUUGGUUGGUCCUAACAAGAAAAAUUUGAAGAUCAAAGGACAAAAAGAAUAUGACUUUGAUCCGGCCAAUCUAGUUCUUAAUAUUUGUCAAAUAUAUAUUAAUUUGAGUCAGAGCGAUACUUUCACUUUAGCUGUAUCACAUGAUGGAAGGUCCUAUAGUUCUCAAUUAUUCAAAUUAGCUGACGAUGUCUUGGUGCGCAUUGGCGGAGGAAACAUUUUAGGCGACCUCGAUGAAUUUGCAAAGAAAGUAGAACAAGCAGCUAUGCAGAAGAAAGAAGAAGAGGAAAUUCUAAUUGACGCACCUGAUGAUUUCCUCGAUCCUAUUAUGUCAACGGUAAUGUCAGAUCCUGUGAUACUACCAUCGUCCAGAACUGUUGUUGACCGACAAACAAUAGCGAGACAUUUAUUAAGUGAUCAGACUGAUCCCUUUAAUCGGUCUCCGUUAACAAUGGACAUGGUGAAGCCGGAUGUUGAUCUUAAAAAUAGAAUACGAGAAUGGAUAGAGCAUAAGAAGAAGGAGCGGGAAACUAGGACCAGUGAUAGUCAAUAGUGUCC